CAGCUCCCGCCGCUCCUUGUGCCUCCCGGUCAUCCCCGACCGGGUGACCAUGUCGGGCCAACAUCAUCUUCGUUCCUGAUAUUUUGACCUUUAUUUUGCUUUCAUUUCCAGAUGGCAUAAUUACCCCCUCCACUAGAAUUGACCAUUAACUACGCGGAUUCCAUACCUACCUACAUUGUAACCUGUACCCAACACUCACCACCCGCCCCCUCCUCCCACCUCCCAUCCCCUCCCACCAUGCCGCGCCUCCCAGACGAAUCCGACGAGGAGCACGACCUGCUCGACGAGGGCCGCCGCCGAGCCCGCCGCAUCCUCCAUGGCUUCAUCGACUUUGCCUUCCAGGGCAACGUGCUCGAGAUCGCCUUCGGUCUGAUCCUCGCGUCCAUGUUCACCGCUCUCAUUACCAGCUUGGUCAGCGAUAUCAUGCUGCCGCCGCUGUCGGUGCUGCUGCCGCUCAACAAGAACCUCGAGGAGAAGUUUGCCGUGCUGCAGGCCGGCCCGGGCGGGCCCGGGUACAAUACCCUCAAGCAGGCGCAGGAUGACGGUGCCGUUGUCAUGGCCUACGGCUUCUUCCUCAACCGGCUACUCAACUUCAUGGGCGUCGGGUGCUCGCUGUACGGACUCGCCGCGCUGUACCAGUUCUUCUCGCAGGACCCCAUCAUCAAGCACACGGUCAAGUGCAGGUACUGCCGGAAGCGCAUCAACGAGAAGGCUUUGCGGUGUGUCAACUGCUCGAGCUGGCAGGAUGGAAGGGAGGAUCUGGCGGGCUGAGGGGGGAACGGCCACCCACCCACCCUGCGUGAGGAUUAUUCGGGGUCCUUUAGUUCCCAGUCCCACGGAUGGCCCUUCUCCACGCUAUUCACCUUCCCAGUACUCAAGUCAUCAAGGGCCAGGCCAGUCCGGGUCAGUCGUUGAGCCGGUGACGGCUAGCGAAUCCCCAGUGUUGCAUGGUCAUUCCAGUGCUAAUAUCAAUUCGGCAAAUGCUGUCCUUUCUGUCCUGGCUAUAUGUAUGCAAUGUGGGUAUCAUAAGGCUCUCAACAAUGCGCAUAGUCCAUCAACGUUUUAUUAACUCCCAACACGUCCCCACCCCUUCACACCCCCACCCCCUCUAAAGUAGAAUGGCACCCCCCACCAGCGCAGCCGCACCC